AUGUGUGAAUGCCCUGUAGCUAGUAGAGUGAAGUUUGCAACUGGAACACUUGAAGGUGGUGCGCUCUCCUGGUGGAACGCACAUGUGCGGAUGUUAGGGUUGGCAGCUGCUAGUGCCACUCCCUGGAACGUCUUUAAAGAGUUGAUCAAAGAAGAAUACUAUCAUUUUGAUGACAUUCAUAAGUUGGAAGUGGAGUACUACAACCUUAAGAUGGUAGGGUCAGAAAUCGAGGCCUAUACGAAGCGUUCGAACGAAUUGGCUGCAUUGUGUCCCAACAUGUCAAAUCCCCCUUAUAAGCGUAUCGAGCUCUACAUCAAUGGUUUAGCGGCAGAGAUUCAGAGCAUGGUAACUUCAGCUAAUCUUCCUAUGAUCCAGCAGAUCAUAUGA